ACUAGAACGGAAAUAGUGUAUUUAUUUUGAAAAUGUACAAUAGACAUGUUUACUUUACUAUAUUGUUUGUACUUGUUUCUCUCGCGAUAUCUGACAACACUGCGCGUGAACUAAACAGGACGAAGAACAAGCAAAAUGGCGUUCGACGGGGAAGACGUUAUUGUGGUUAUUACAGUACUGUGUUGUUAUUCAGCACGUACAUGUACACAUUUGUGUCGUGUAAUAGAGUAAAUAUCGUUAUUAAUUGUUUGUAUCCGGAUACAUUAGUCUGAGUGCACGUUAACUUGAAGAUAUCCGUGCUAGCAUAGCUUACUAGUUAGCUUAGCUUGUUAGCUGCUAAGAAAGAGAGGCGGAAGUGAUCAAAACACAUCGCUAAGCAGAGAUCAAGUGUAGUGAGUAAAGUGUUGUGAUUGUGUGAAAAUGUGCGAAAGAACGAUAGCAGAGUACGAGGAGGAACUUUGUCCAACAAAAGAGGAGAAGGAGCGACAACAUCAACUACUGGACGCUGUUUUCAAGAAACAUCAAGUUGUGUUACACAGAACAGACAUCCAGCAGCCCUCCCACAUUAAAGAGGAAGAGGAGGAAGUGUGGCUCACUCAGGAGGAAGAGCGUCUUCUAGGGCAGGAGGAGGCUGAUCUCACCAAGUUUCCACUGACUGUUGUCUCUGUGAAGACUGAAGAGCAUGAAGACAAACCACCUGAGUCCUCACAGCUUCUUCACAGUCCAAACGUCUGUGAAAAAAAUGUUCUCCCCGAGCAGCAGGAGUGGAGAUUUAGGAUGGAGCAGGAGGAGCCACAACCCCCCCACAUUAAAGAGGAAAAGGAGGCGCCACAGAAUCUGCACCUUAAAAAUGAAGAGGAGGACCCACUGAGCCCCCAAAUUAAAGAGGAAGAGGAGGAACACAGCAUCAGUCAGGAGGGAGAUCAGCUUGAAUGGUUGGAGGAGUUCCCAGUGACUGGUGUCCCUGUGAAGAGUGAGGAUGAUGAGGUCAAAGGUGAAAGUGAGGAGAAGAGAGAGGCGGAGCCUCCAAGCAGCAGCUCAACUCAACACAUGACAACAGAAGCUGAUGGAGACCACUGUGGAGGAUCACAAGCAGACAAGCUCUUAGCUCCACUAUCAGAUAGUGAGGACACAACGUCACACUCUCCUGACACUGAUGAUGAACACUCUAAAGAUGAUAAGACAUGUCACACUGACAACACACACUUCACAUGUUCUCACUGCGACAAAACUUUUAGUCAUCGCUAUCGGAAAGUACACAUGAGAACACACACCGGGGAAAAACCUUUUAUUUGCUCAGGAUGUGGGAAAUGUUUUUCAAGAAAAAACGGGUUGAAAGAACACAUGCAAAUCCACACUGGAGAAAAACCUUUUUUCUGCUCAGUAUGUGGUAAAAGUUUUGUGUUAAGUCAAAAUUUGAAAGUACACAUGAGAAUACACACUGGAGAGAAGCCCUUUUCCUGUUCAAUCUGUGGCAAAAGUUUUACACAAAGUCAAUGUUUGAAAAGACACAAAAGAUUACACACUGGAGAACAUGAUGAUGAAGACUCUAAAGAUGAUAAGACAUGUCACACUGACAACACACACUUUCCAUGUUCUCACUGUGACAAAACGUUUAAUUACCGCUGUGAUCUGAAAGUACACAUGAGAAUACACACUGGAGAAAACGCUUUUUCCUGCUCAGAAUGUGGUAAAGGUUUUGUACAAACACAGCAUUUAAAAGUACACAUGAGAAUGCACACCGGAGAAAAACCUUUUCUCUGUUCAGUCUGUGGUAAAGGUUUUGUACAAAGUCAAAAUUUGAAAGUACACAUGAAAACGCACACUGGAGAAAAACCUUUUAUUUGUUCAGUCUGCACUAAAGGUUUUUUACAAAGUCACGAUUUGAAAACACACAUGAGAACACACACCGGAGAAAAACCAUUCCCAUGCUCAGUUUGCAAUAAAACAUUCCCUCAAAAGUACCAUUUGGAAAGACACACAAGAGUACAUACCGGAGAAAAACCUUUUACCUGUUCAAUCUGUUGCAAAGGUUUUGCACACAAGAAGAAUUUAAAAGUGCACAUGCGAACGCACACCGGUGAGAAAUCAUGUUUCUGUUCAAGCUGCAACAAAAGCUUCUGUGACCAAGCGACACUUGGACGACACAUGCGAAUACACACCGGAGAGAAAGUGUUUAGUUGCAGUGUGUGUGGUGAACGAUUCUCUUAUAAGUACCAGUGUAAGAAACACAAGUGUGCUGGUGAGAACAGCAGCAGCAAAUUGAAGAUGCAGGUGUCAGAAUAAUUGUAUCUAAGUUAUCACAAAACUUUGUGUUGCCAUGAGUUCCCGGCGAGAGGACAAAAGCCGUCUUUGAUCUUACCAAGCAAAAGGCUUGUAAAACUCCACUGUGUAGGAUGGGAAGCGACAUGAAGGUGUCGGUUUCUUUGAUCUAUUGUAAUCCACAGGAAGAUCUUGUCUUGACCCGAGAUCUACAAAGUGGAGAGGAAGCAGGAACUGACGCAAGCUCCAGGCAUCUUUUCUUUGAACUGUUUUGUGACCAAAGGUCGACGGCUGUUUACGACCCCCUCUCCCCUUAGAAACAGCUGUUGCCAUGUAAUCAGGGAAAGUCCAAAUAAAAGAGGAGGCGUGCAACCUUUUGCCAGAGCGUUGUGGAAGCCCAGACGUUUCUC